AUGUCAGAAUACUGGAAGUCAACACCAAAAUACUGGUGCAAACACUGCAGUAUCUUCGUCCGCGACACCGGCCUCGAGCGAGCCAAUCACGAAUCCACCGGCAAGCAUCAGAGCGCGAUCAAACGCUCCUUGCGCGACCUGCACCGCAGCGCCGACCAAAAAGAACGAGACAAAGAACGGGCGAAACGAGAGGUCGAUCGACUCAAUGGCGUGGUGUCUGGGAGCGGGAGUGGUAGCGGCAGCGGGAUACCAGCCAAGUCGGCCCCUAAACCGAGCGGCGGGGCGUAUGGCACACCACCCCAACAGAUUUCACAGUUAGACAGGCACAGGCAGUUGGAGCAACUCGCGGAGCUGGGCGUGGCUAUUCCGACCGAAAUGAGAGGGGAGAUGGCGAUGGCGGGCGAGUGGACGGUUACAUCGACGCGGGUCGUGGAAGAUUCAGACAAGGACAUGGAGACUACUGGCACGAAAAAGGUCAAGACGGAGAAGGACACUCAGGAAGAAUCGGGAGCGGACAGCAAACCUGAGGCAGCUGAGCGCAAGAUUCCGCCUCCUAUCAAACAGGAGCCAGAGGAAGAGACGAGACUUGGGGCGUUGUCGGCAACUGCUUCUGAAUCGGGCACCAUGGUUGGGCAUACUUUUGGUUCGUUUUUGGUCGCCUACCGCCGCGGCAGAGACGAAAAGUACAAGCUCAUCCGCGAGGCCCUCCGGGAUGGGACCAAUGGCGACGCUCCAAUCCCCGCAUCGUGGCCAGCGGGCCGAUCCAUUCUCACAGCGUUGCCAACGGAGUUGAUACUACUCGUUUGCUACCGCUUGUACCAGGCCGACCUUCUCCACUUGGCUCAGAGCUGCCGCUCGCUUACGAACGUCGCUCUCGAUGUGCUAUACGCCCGCGACGUUUCCCAGUUCGACUGUCUCUCUGUGCGUUGGGCGUGCGCACUGGGUGUUGUUCCGGCUCUGGAACGUGCAUUUCGCCAUGGAGCGUCUCCGAAUCACGAGUUCGGCCCGUUCUCGCACUUUAUGUGCAAGUGGCCAUCGUGCGACACUCCGCUUGCUACUGCCAUUGUCGCCAAUCAGAUUGGGAUUAUUGACUGCCUAAUCAACCAUGGCGUUGAUACGAACUGGGCGGGGCUUUACGCAACACCCGACGAUUAUAACAGCAUCCACGACUGCAUGUUUCCUAUGCACUGGGCCAUGGGUGCUCCAGGCCUCCUGCCUAAUUCCCCCCACGUACCAGGAAACGUUGAGGUCCUUCGCCGCCUUCUCGAUGCGGGAGCGGACCCGAAUAUAGAGACCCUGCCGCGCUCAGACAGCUCUCGACCGCGAGGCUUCACACCCCUGCUCAUGGCCAUGCAACCCACCGUUUCCGUCGAAACUGUCGAGUUACUGUUAGAACGUGGCGCCAAGCCCACUCAGAUCGGGACCUAUCUCGGCGUUGGUAAGAUCAAUGUGCGCGGUGCUCUUACUCUGGUCAUUGGUCGUACCCACUGGAAGGAUCUCCCACCGCUUGGGGUGAUGUUGUUUUGUCAUGCCGUGGGCAACCCCUAUUUUCGGCUGGACCUGGGCAAAGCACGGCUACUGUUGAUGCACGGGGCUACCUUGGACAUCGCGUUCUACUCCUAUUCGCGCGGGAACCCGUACACUGAUGAUUCCUGGGUCUAUUCGCGUGGGAGUCGCACGCUCGGCGGCGCCGUUAAUGCUUAUCACUCCGGCCCGAACCUUCCGAUACCGCCCUUCCUCGCUGUUCUCUGGUGGGUAGAGGAAAUCAUUUGGUGGAUAGAAAAUCCCGAGAACCACUCUGAACCCGAACACGAUAAAGGGAGAAGGGAACAAUGCUGCGAGACGAUUCUCUACGGUUCCCAACUGAUCACCCUCUUAGCCACCGCGACUGGUAGCCAACAACACGACGGAGAACGAGUUCCGAUCCCCGCUCUCAUAGACGCCACAAUUACGGACUCCUCGAACACGGUCUUCAUCCCCCCCAGGAUCAACGGCCAAACCGCCCUUCGGUUCGUGUGCCGAGACUUCGACUACCCGGAGACUCCCGAUGUCAUCCGCGCGCUUCUUCACGCUGGGGCCGACAUGAAUGCCCCCGACCCUCACGGCUGUACCGCGCUACAUCGGGCGUCCAUGCUGGGCCCUGCAGCUCGUGUGCAGGAACUUGUAACCUUCCGAGGCGGUCCCUCAGAAUCGGCGCUGGUCGUGGACGCCCGGGACAAUACCGGUUGGACUGCGCUGCACUACGCCUGCCUCUUUUACGUGUGGGACAAAGCUGACGACCAAGUAAGCACGGUGCGUUUAUUGUUGGAGGCUGGGGCCGAAGUUCGAUCGCGCACCAACGCAGGAUGGACACCGCUUUCCCUCGCUGCGCUAGGAGCGCAUUAUAAAGUAGUGCGACUCCUGCUUGACGCCGGCGCGCAAGCCGAUGACAUGUUCCGUCCAGUGCCUACACCUACUGCUCUAGCAGAUGGCACGACCGAGAGGGCGCUGGUGCCCAUCGGCCGCUUGGUGUUUGAUUCACACUGCUGGUACACCAGUUCGUCCGGUAUUGUGUUCACCAACCCCUUCGGCUCCCGAUUCCCACACGAGACCUUGCCCGAUGAGAUCGAAGCAGCAUUGACCACGUCGAAAAGAGAAAUCGCGUUACAACUGAGGUCGAGGCUGGGAAUUGCUAUCCCCGCCCCUAAAAACGACACAACCCUAGACGGCCCAACAACCCUCAGGGGUUCCUCUUCCCCUGCUCCUCCCCAUCUCCCUUGGCCUAUCUUUGGUCUUCGUAGGCUGUCUGGGAGACCGCCACCCAAGUUCGCCGUUGAAGCGCAGAGUGAACCGUUCGGCGUGCCAGAUAUCCCCUUUGUUGAUUUUGUUGGCGCCGAGUUUGAGAAGGAUAUUGAUGGCGUGUUGGAUCAAUUGGACGCCCACGGCUUAUUAGCCAUGGCGGUAGCGGUUUCACGGCCGGAGAGAUUUCUUGAGGCGCUUUGCUGGCGGGACCCGUCUCAGGGGGUGAGCGAGGGUGUGUGA